AAGAAUUUAAAGUAUUAACUAUCACAAAUAAUAAUUAAAUUUCAUAAAAUGUUUGAUCUUGCAAAUGUUACGAUAAAACAUGAGAAUGAAAAAUGAGGUCUGUAUUUCUAAAAUAUCAUAUAUGAUUAAAACAGUUAAGUAAUAAAGUCUAAUUUCCUAACAUGGAAGAAAAUAUUUCAAUAAAUUUAUGCAGAAUCUGUUUAGAAAAUGGGGCCAAUAUUUCUAUAUUUGCAAAGAAUGAAGAUGAAAACUGUGAUAUACAAUCUAAUCUAUCAUUAUGUUUGAAAGAAAAGAUAGAAGAUAUAGAGGGUUACCCACGUUUUAUAUGUCAGGCGUGCAAUGAUAUAUUAAAUGUGGCAUGUAGUUUUAUCAACAAAUACAGGGACACAUGUAAAAUAUUGGAAAAUGGAUUGGAUAUUUUAAAGCGUGAAAAUGAGGAGCUUAGUAGUGUAAGUUGUAAAGAACAGUCUGAAGAAGAGAUUGAAAUAGAAACCAUAAAAAAUGAGUAUAAAAGUGACGAUGAAGAUGAAUUAAGUGAUCAUCAUCAAGAUUUUUUUAAACCAUUACAACUUAAACUUAAGUUCAAGGUAGAGAAGGAAAAAAUACCAAAAAUCGUUAAGAGAAAAAGAGGUGUUCCCAAAACAAAUAGUAAACAAAUCACAAAUAAAUUAGCCUCUUCUAUAUUAGAAGGUGAAUUUGCAUGGAAUGGUGAUGAAUGGUGUUUUCUUUUUAGUUUAAACUCCAGUAAAAGUAAGCAAUCCCUAGUAAAGUUGAAACGGAUGAAAAAAAAACCUGAAAUUCGAAAAAGAAUAAAAGUAAAAAUACCAAAAACAAAGAAACCAAACCCACCAAAAUUAUGUGAUUUAUGUGGUGAAGUAUUUAAAAAUCAAGAUAAAUUAUCAAUCCACAAGAAAAAUGUACAUUUCAGGAACCCUGUUAAAUGUGUACAUUGUUUAAGAUUAUUUGUAUCUGAUUAUUACUUAAACAGACAUAUGAAAAGAAAACAUGACCCAGAUAAAAAGUUUAUAUGUGCAAUAUGUGGACGAGGAUUCGCCUUUAAAGGAGAACUCAGCAGUCACAAUAAAAAUGUACAUAACAAACAUUUGAAACCAAAGAAACAAUAUAAAUGUAAAUUUUGUAAUAAAUUAUACAAAUGUGCUAAAUCUGUCAUAGUACAUGAAAGAUCAGCACAUACAGGUCAAAGGCCAGCUGUUUGUUCUGUAUGUGGAAGCAGUUUCUAUCAUGAUGACUAUUUAAAGGAACACAUGAGACUACAUACUGGGGAGACUCCAUUUAAAUGUCCCAUUUGUGACAGAGGAUAUGCUCAAAGAUGUAAUAUGAAGAGUCAUCUCAGAAUACAUAAAAGAUCAGAACUAGAUGCAGCUACUUUGAGUAAACUGAGACCUAACUAUUUAAGACUUCUCAAAUCAUAAAUUUACUCACACAUUAUUAUAAGCUAGUAACAGGACACUAUAUUAGUGUCUAAUUUUAUAAAUAAUAUUAAUAAUUGUUAUUCUUCCAGAAAACAAUUUCAUUUUCUAUUAUAAAUAUUUUUAAAGUAAGCAAUUAAUGUUACUGUCAAUUACUCUAAAUUCACAGUAAAAAUAAGGUAAUAUUAAAAAGUGUUUCAAACAAUUACAUCCUAAAACAAGACAAAAAACUAGCUAGAUAUUUUUAUUUAUUAUAUUGGGAUAAAUUAUCUUGCUUAAAUUUGAUCAUUUAUAUUUUUAAUAUCAUAAAUGACAUAUAUUUAAAAAAAAUU